CGUUACCAAACACAGAUAAAAAGCAGUCGCAAACAGAAGAAGGUGUAACUUACUGGUACACGGCGCAUUUAACAGUAAAUCAGUCUACAAUUCUAAAUACAGAUCAUACAUCAUCAUCAGAACAAGAUGAAGACACUGGCAUUGCUCUCUCUGAGUCUCGCAGUGGUUCUGGGAAUGCCACCAUUGUCCCGAGAUGCGGGUCCAGUUCCUGUUUUUAUUGAAAAACUCCAGGAGCCUCUGCUGGGAGAUGUGCCUCCUGCGCAGGGUCAUGUGGUGGUGGAAGAUCCUGCACCACAAGUCAGGCUCGGUUCUAAGGAGCAGCAGGAACAGUUGGCUCCGGUGCCAGCGGACAUCGAGAAGAGUCAGAAUAAGGAGGAACUAGAGGUUAAGGUGAAGUCAGAAGUUGGAGUGGAGCAAGAGGGUGAAGUAAAGACAGAAGUUAAGGUGGAGCAGGAGCUUAAAGCAGAGCCAGAAGUUAAGGUGGAGCCAGAGGUUAAGGUGGAGCAGGAGCUCAAAGCAGAGCCACAAGUCGAGCCAGAGCAAGAAUUUAAGGUGGAUCUAGAAGCUAAUGGGGAAACAGAAGCAGAACAAAAGGUCUUCAUGGAGCCAGAGUUUGAAGAUGUGCCAGACUUUAAGGUGGAAUCAGAGGUUAAGGUGGAGCCACAUGUUCUAGAGGAGACAGUGUCCAUGUUUAAUGAGGAGGAAGAGUAUCAAGCAAUUCAGGAGUCACAGGUGCAAAUGAACCUCGAGCCAGAGAUUGAAACAGGUCGGGAGUUCGACGAUACACACAUUGACAUGGAGCAAAAUAAUGAAAUGGUGAGCGAAGAUGUGCCAGACUUUAAGGUGGAAUCGGAGGUUAAUGUGGAGCCAGAUGUUCUAGAGGAGACAGAGCCUAUGUUUAAUGAGAAGCAAGAGUAUCAAGCAAUUCAGGGGGAGUUUCAGGUCCAGAUGAGCCUCGAGCCAGAGAUUGAAACUGGUCGGGAAUUCGACGAGACACACGCUGACAUGGAGCGAAAAUAUGAAAUGGAGAGUGAACCGAUCAUGGAGCUGGUGCCACUGGAUGAUGACAACAUGUUUGGAGAAGAAAUGAGCGACAGUCAGCUGUCUGAAGUGGAACAAUCUUUGAGGGCGGCAUUUGAGAAUCCAGAUCCUAUCAUGGAACUGCUGCCAGAGGAGGAGGAGGAGCUUAUGAGGGAGAGUGACCACGUUUUAGACGAAGAACCAAUCAGGGAAAUGGAACCUGAGAGGAGGGAAGAACAGUUUGUUCCAGAUGCUGUUAUCAUGGAAGAAGGGCCAGCAUUGGACAUUAUGGGGCAGCCGAUACAACCUUUAGAGCAGUAUUUCCCCAAUGAAGAAGCUCAGAUCGGGAUGGAGCGUGGCUCUCUCAUAGCGGACGGGUUAGACUAUUCAAUGAUGGAGGAACCCAUCAGUGAGAUUGUCAGCGAGGAGGAGCCGUCUCACAUGGUUGGCAUGCGGCCCUUUGAGGAGCCAGAAAUGGAAGACAGUCCUGUGCCGUUAGAUGGACAGUAUUUCAAUUAAAUAAAUUUAAAAUACAGAUUCAAUUACAUUUGAGUAAUUUGUCAUUUGUAUUUUGCUGGGCAGAAAAAAAUAUGUAAUUUGUAACAAAUAAGACACAAUAUUAUCUGUGGAGAAAAAAAAACAGUACAACAAUUAACCUAAUUGCAGCCUGAAUGCAAGUGAAUCACAUGAUAUGUCCUGUGUUAUCUUAUGUUAUGAUCAGAAACGAAAAUAAGCUUUUUUAUAAAUAUGUGAAUGUGAAGUAAAGUGUAAAGUAAAGUAUUUUUUUUAUUCUUGA